AAUGUCAUCAUUUCAGCGCGACGCCUACGUGCAAUAACCUGCGACAUUACUGCGACGUCCAUUGUGACCGGUGUUGGGAAAACAUUCUUUAACAGUAGGUGAUGGCAGACCUUGGACUGAAGGAGGGGGACGGGGUGCUGCUGAUAUGGACUCAGCCAUCAUCUCCCACUGCACUGAAGGAGUUUGCUGAAAGCAUUGGCACUGCUGUUGGUAACCAGAGUCUGGUAUCUUUGGAGAACAUGGAGAGACUACAACUUUCUUCUCACGCAGCUUCAAGUUAUGACUGGGUUCUCUCAGGCCUGCUGACCGACAGCUCACCAAUCCACAGUUCAGAAAUGUUGGCUGAGAUGGCCAGAGUAAUGAAGCCUGGUGGCAAACUUGUGCUAGAAGAGCCGGUAACAGGUUCUGAGGACAAUGGUGUGAGAACCGCUGGGAAACUAAUGUCAGCUCUUAAACUGUCUGGAUUAGUAUCUCUCACUGAGGUAAAGACCGAGCCGCUGAGCCCAGAGGCAGCCACAGCUCUGAAAGAACUCACAGGGUUCCAGGGAAACAUGCUUUUAAGGGUGCGCAUGUCGGCAUCUAAACCUAACUUUGAGGUCGGAUCCUCGACGCAACUGAAACUUUCCUUUGGCAAGAAAACCACUACAACGGAGAAACCAGCUCUUGAUCCAAGCACCGCACAAAAGUGGACUCUAUCAGCCAAUGAUAUGGAUGACGAUGAUGUGGAUUUGGUGGAUUCAGAUGCGCUUUUGGAUGCCGAUGAUCUGAAAAAGCCUGACCCGUCAUCUCUCAAGGCUUCCUGUGGAGAUGACUCCAAAAAGAAAAAGAAGGCCUGCAAAAAUUGCACAUGUGGCCUUGCUGAGGAAUUGGAAGAGGAGAGUACAGCAACUCAGAAAGCCAGCCAGCCCAAAUCAGCCUGUGGAAGUUGUUAUCUGGGCGAUGCCUUCCGAUGUGCCAGUUGUCCAUAUUUAGGCAUGCCUGCCUUCAAACCUGGAGAGAAGGUUCUGCUGGCCAACACUGAUAUAGCUGAUGCAUAGACACUCACUUUUGAGAUAUUAUUACAUUCCGUUACCAUUCUGCAACAUUGAGGCCCAGAUUACAUCUCCAUCUGUGUAAUCAACAGGGAUGCAGUUCACAGAGUGUCAUUUGACAAUGCAAUGCACUAAAGUUGCUGAAAAACUGAAAAUGUUAUGCACUGUUUGGUUGUAAAGGUCUCUUUUCAAUCAGUAAAUGGUAAAAAAAAAAAAAAGAAUAAAUCUUUGCAUUAUAUUAUCACAUCAUGUACAAGAACGAAAUAUCCACGUUGAGUGUAAUUUGUUUUAUUUGAAAAUCCAAAGCAGCUGCUUGUGUGUUUUGCCUUCUGUAUAGAAUACGGUGAUUAAUUUUAGUAAGCAUUUGAUUUUAGCUUAAAAUAGUUAAAUACAGACUUUCGCCUCAUUUUUAUACUGCAAGACAACAUUUCAUUUCACUACUUAAAACAGCAUCAUGAGACUUGUGUAGCACCAUACAGUUUGAUCCAUCAUAGUAUGCAAUCAGAAUGAAUCUGCACACAACACAAAGUUAUAGCUCAUAGCUAAAUGCAUUAUAAUUCAUCCGAUUGUUUAGAAGUCAUUUUAUGAAUAGGAUAAAAAAAAAAGUUACAAAAGCUCAUGCAAGGUCACAGUCACAAACUCUUUGGAUAAGCAUUGUCUUGGGGAAAAAAUGUUAACAACUAAUGGCCUAGUUUAUUUGAAUCUUGGUCAGCGGUCAAGGUUUGGUGACGGAAAAGUCCAUUUUAAUGUCACCAGUAUGAGGUUCAAAGGUUAAAUUAUA